UGGUUGCCCCGACUCCGCGUCUUCUCCGUCGUCGUCAUCCCGUCUGCCCCAUCACAGAAGCGGAAAGGUGAUCAGGAACCGUUUUAUAGAAAGAGAAGCAUGGCUUCCAGAAUACGGUGCAACCCUCAACAGCAGCGCCGGGUUUUGGCCGUGGCACUAGCGCAACCCUCAACAGCCACUCCACGCGCUUCUGUGAUCGGUUUCAGGGGAUCGUGCAAGACUCUUCCAACAACUUACUCACCAGUACCACAUCAACUCCGGCUCCUUUCGACUUCGCAGUCAUGGCGCCAAAUUGAGCCGCCUCAGCCACAGCCCAUUCAUCCACAGCCCGAGCUCGCCCCUCAGCCCAAGAAGCGCAGUCGUGUAUGGAAGAUUAUCGGCUAUGGGUCUCUCCUCCUCUUCGGCGCCGUCUUCGGCCUCGGCUUCAGAGCGAUCGUUUCUCCCCCGCCCCCUCUGGUUCCGGGCUCUGAGCUUGACCUCAUGGAGACCAAGAUCAUCCACCGGCAAGCGGAAAACCUAAAAAUUGUCCAGGAACUUCAAGCCGACCCAGCUUGGGAGUCAUGGGACGCAUACGAGACGCUUAGCCCGGAGCACCGGGCACAGCACAUCUCGGCCGGCGCAAUGGCCGGCUCAAAGGGUAUCGGCGGCUACCACCGCGUCUUCUACAACAAGGACUCGGGUGAGUGCGUCAGCGUCAUCUUCUUCGGCCCCGCCACCACAGGCUGGCCCGGCGUCGUGCACGGCGGCUGUCUGGCGACUCUCCUCGACGAGAGCUGCGGCCGCGCGGCGUUCAAGAAGUGGGGUGGCCGGUCUGGACUGACGGCGAACUUGAAGCUGAACUACGUGUCGACUACGAACGCUACCAAGUUCUACGUCAUUCGUGUCAAACCAAGGAGCGACGACGAGCUGCCGGAGAAGGAGCGCGGCAAAAGCCACUACAAGAUCUUCCUGGAUGCGUCGAUACAUGAUGCGAAGACGGGCAAGGCAACCGUUGUUGCGGAGGCUUUGUUUGUGGGUGGAAAGGGGAAGAGCGGGAAGGGAGGAUUGACGGUUAGCGGAUUGGCUGAUCAGGGUGAGAAUGCUCGUUUCUAAGUAGGAGCGGGAGGUGUCUAUCUAUGUUUAUUUGUCUUGCCCGGUUGCACUGCUUCUCCGGUUUCUCCAGAAGCGUGCUCUUGCCUUGGUUUCGUUUGUACUUCAUUAGACAUAAUUGGAGCGAGCAUAUAGACCGCUAGACUUCACAGAGAGGUAUUGUAAUCGAAUCCCUGAUAACACGAAU